GCCAGCCUGUCAGUUGGAGCUAAGUUGUGAAAUCGUUCGGAUCUUUCGGGAAGAAGCGAGCCAGUUUCGUCGCGCGCGCUGUGUGUGCUGCUUGUCCGUUGCGUUGGUCGCAGUUUUUUGUGUGGCUAGUUUUCUGGUGGUAUCUCCGCUGUGUGUGGUGCGCGCCCUGUUCAACCUUGGAUGCACUGCGGAUAGGUGUGUGCUAUACGUAGAGUACGUUCUCGUGCAGAGCCGUCGCAGAUCUUGUUUUCUUGUGCGGUUGCUGCCGUCACGUAAAUUGAUGAUCCAAACACAACCAAUUCUAAGUGACACGACCAAACUCGAGACCUAACACUUUCGUCAAUAUCCCCCCGGAUACUGUGCGGCAUAAAAAAACCUUCGGUAGAAAGAAGGCGCUACAGCCUACUAAAGAUAUCUUGCAAAAAGGUUGCCAACCAACGGCCAAACAUAGAAGAGAGCAACAAAACACACGCAUCGUAGUUAUAUGCGGUCUUAGGCGAAGGAUCAAGGGAGCCAACGUCUCGCAUACAUCUGUAGUAGUAACGCGCUACGACAGGGGAAAAAAGAAGAAAAUAGUCGACUGGACACGAGAGCAUCAUCGUGCUGCGAUCUUUAUUUUAAGUCCAUCUUUCUUUCGGCUUGUGGUUUUUUUUUGUCGACCCUCGUAAACCGUAGACCGGCGCCGCCCAGAAGUUCUCGUUUGUCGCGGUGCCCUGAAUCGACUGAAUCGAAAUUCAUCAGUAGCAAUAACGAAGUGUGUAUUGGACUGGAAGAGCGGGCUGGCCUCUCUAUAGCAGUAGCGGCAGCAGCAUUAACACACAUUUGGUUAGGAGAAUACUGCAUGUUGCAUCCUAGUAACCAUAUAUUUCACAUUGCGAGUGAAAGGAAAUUUCUAGUAUUCACAAAUCUUGUUUGAAAAGUGUUGUUUCCGUCGGUGGUCGUCGGUCGGUCGGUGUAUUGUGCUGUGCGUGCAUGUACAUUGUGCUUACAAACCCGUGGUACACGGUUUGUUGAGGUCAAAAUUGCGCUUUUAAUCGUACGCGGUUGUCGGAGGAGUAGCUGCUGCUAGCGAGCACGCGAGAGCACGAGCAACAAGGAAAUCACUGCUGCUGCUCGCACAUACGAGAAAGCGUCGCGUGCAGUGAGGGCCACCAGAGCAACAGAAUAACUGGUGUGGACCAGGGGAGGAUGGAGCGCGAAUCAAAUGCAAUGCAGCCGAUGUGUAGAUCUGGAUGUGGAUUCUACGGUAAUCCGACACAGGAUGGAUUAUGUUCAGUUUGCUACAAAGACUUGCUCAGAAAGAAGCAACAGCCACCGGUUAGCAGUACGCCUUCCAGCAACAAUGCACCUCAACCACCUGCAUCUGGCCAGUCGGUAACAGCGUCCUCAAUUAGCAGCAUCCGUCCCGUCGUGACACCGCAAAGCUUUGCCAACAGCAUUGGUAGUAUCAGCACAACAACCACAUCAGCCUCUGCUUCAGCAUCGGCCGCAUCGCCCUCGGCGUCGUCCUGUGCCGCUUCCGCCAACAAUCCGGUAGUCUCCGCUACCUACACAGCACAACCUACCGUGCACAGUGCCCUAUUCUGCUCGGACAAGGAUGAUGCAAGUAUAUCUUCCGAAAAUGGUAUAGUCCACACAGUUGAUGAUAACUUAUCCGAUAAUAGUAUUGGUGAAGAAGACGACAGUCUUGAUGAAGAAGAUGAUUAUUUUUAUGAAAUUGAAUUGAUCAACGAAACUGCUUCCGCUUUGGGCAAAGAGCAACAGGUGUUGGAUGCCGAACAGCACGAUUUAUUGUUUGGCACAGAUACUCUCAGUGAUGAGGAUGAGAUGAAAGAAUCAUCGCGGGUGAUGUUUAACGUUUCGUUUGAUUAUGAAUCGUCUGAUGAAGCAGCAGGACAUUCUUGCACUCGAAGCCAUGAACCCAACAUCGAAACACUGCCGGUGCAGAACACAAAACCCAUUACGGCUGUGCCGGGUGAGGUGUCGAAUGUUAGAAAACGGAAAAUUAACUCUGAGGACAGUGGUAGCCUUGGUGGACAUAGUAAUAACAGUUCCAUAGCUGAUAACGAAGACAAAGAUGGUGAUAAGGACGAUGCCAAGAAGAAGAAAAACCGUUGUGCAACUUGCCGUAAGAAAGUAGGAUUAACCGGAUUCGAGUGCCGGUGUGGAGGACUGUUCUGCGCGAUACAUCGAUACAGCGACAAGCACGAAUGUUCGUUCGAUUACCGGGAACUCGGUGCUGCAGAAAUUAGGCGUAAUAAUCCCGUCGUGGUUGGCGAAAAGAUUCAGAAAAUUUGAACACCCUUCGUGCCAUCGUAUCGUAAUAGUUUUCGUCACAAAACAGUGCAGCAGCAUCCAUCGUGCGGCGGCAGCGGCAGCAGCAGCACCGGUCACCAACAGUCGUUACAGUCACACCACCACCACCACCACUAGGAAGCAUAUGCAGUCAUAUGUGUCGCGUUAAAUUCGUAGCAUUUUCUUCUCGAUUCGUCGCGUUUCCCACGUUGUUGUGUUAGUAUUUGAACCAGAGAGAAAGAGAGAUGGAGGACAGCAGUGAUAGGUGCGGAAAUUCUUAUUGUGAAAGAUGCUUCCGAUAAAAUGGUCAUGCGCCCGCCCGGUACACACCGCUUCUUUCUCUCUUCGAUACUACACGAAAUGUGCAUGUACACCGUCGUACGCCACAACCUUCUCUUUUCCGUUGCUUCUGCUUUUCGCUGUGAGACGCUGUUGUCCUCGAGCAUAUUUCUUUGUAUUUUGAACCACUGACGAGCGUAACUGGAUAUCAAACCCAGCGCAAACGAUUAAGAAAGCAGAACAGCGGCAGCAGCGCGAGCACGUGCAGGGAAAAUGAUAGCAGCAUCAUUCUGUGUGCGUGUGUGUGUGUGUGUUGCGUGCGUGGGAAAGAGCGCUGUCGAAAUCGUUUCGUGUCCCGGUGUGCAUGGAGCAAAAGGUUUAAAUGUAUACAUGCCAAUGGGGAGGGAAGAAGGCUAAGGCAUCAAAACGCCAAAUUUUAGUAACUAGAAGAAGGCGGAACACAUACAGACAUUUGCUGGCAAAAACAAAAGUAAAUCCCACACGCGCAACAAACAAGGCAGAACGAAUCAGCUAAUCCUUCAACUCAUCUAUGAGCACGCACGCGCGGGGGUGUGUAUCGUUAAGAAAAAAUAAUUAUGAGAGUAGAAUUAUUUUACAACAUUAUUACAAAAACACACAUACACCUACGGAUACACAGCACACAACACGUCACACAGCUAACUUUACAAUCUAUAAAGAUGAAUUAAAAAUGCGAAUGAGACACAUUGCGAACAAGCUAUAACGCGCACACACACACACUCAUCCGUGCAAUGCUGUACGCGUAAUACGCACACACGCACUUACGUUCCUGCUCGCCGAGGCUUGCGUAUUGUUGUUUGCCUGCGUGUGUGCAUGUCCUUUUGAUAAACUACUUCUACACAAUCAAAUGCUGAAAAUUUUAUUCACGUAAAGAUUGCAAAUCAAUAUUUUAGAUACGCGCGUGUGUCGUUGCAGCAGUAUACACUCUCACUGUUGUAGCUGUGAAACUGAUAAAAAAAAACGCUCGGAGAAGGAGAGCAGGAAUUGCUGUGGGAGGAAGAUAUGGACACGCGUAAGAUGCAUGCACACUCUGUGUUGGUUUACGGUGUUGAUCCGCAACAUCCCAGCCCCUUGGUAUGGAAAACAUUAUCACGCUUAUUAUUUUUUUCUUCCCUUGUUUUUAACACAAAUGUAUGAUAGCCGUAGCAAAAUAAUUCAGUAACACAGAUACACACACUUGCACGCGAUGGAGAUAUCUAUUGAUUGGUUUGAUAAGAUGUAACACUUUUCGAUGAAUGAAUGGUUUUUGAGCUCUGUUUUCUUCGCUUUUUAUGUGUUGUGUGUGCGUGGGUGCGUGUGCGUACGUGUGCAAAAGGAAAUGAAAGAUUAGCUUUGAUUAGCGAUUAGCUAGUUGUCGCUGUUAUAUUGCGUGAAAUCUUUAGGGCAAACUGCUGGUAGAGAGCUAGAACGAGCGAGCGAGUAGUAUUACGUGGCAAUUUCUUCGUGAAAGUGAACGGUCGACAGAAUUAUCUGGCUUUUUAAACUUCUUUGCCUAAAAUCAUUAACGUAUAGUUUUAUCGAUGUAAAUAGUAAAACAUAAUAAUGCUGCUUCGUUUGGCCUUUCCAAUUCCCCUCCCGGGUGCGUACCGUGUUGUGUGUGUGUGUGUUGGAACACGGAUCGAAUUAGUUGUUUUAUUCCGUUUUUUGAAAAAAAAAGUUGUUUUAUUCUCCUCGUAGCUGCGAAUUUCUUUAGCUUUUUCCGUUUUUCUUCCUUGUUUGUGUAAUCGUCUUUUCUGUAAACGACGUCACACCGUUUGUUUCAUCCGUUGUUGCUCUUGUUAGUGUGAUAAGUUUUGCUCUAUCGUUUAAAGUCAACCUUGUUCUGGCCGUGGUAAAUGAUGCUUGCACACAUCCAUCUAUCUUAUCUAGCACAAUUUCUUCUUUGUUACUCUUUGUGCACUCUUUGUGCGGAAGGAAUUUCGUUCGGUGUAGUGUUUUUGUCGUGAAAUUUGCUUCCUUAGCUCUGCUGCGCGGUUGGAUUGGUAGUCACCUAAAUUGAAAUGUAAAAACUGUAAUCAGGCUUGGUUUUGUUCUAAAAUGUAACAAUUUUCUUCUUUCUGUAAUGAGACUUCUUUUUUUUGCAAUGCACUGUAAAGAAGCACGAAAUGAUGGUAGUUUAAUCAAAGAAUAUAUGCACCACAAGCUGAAUCAAAAUUUUCCUCUCGCAACCAAGAACCUAUUCGCCAAGAAUGAGCGAUGCUCUUACGACCAACAUCUAAAGCGAACGUGUAUAGUACAGAGUAUUGUUUAGAGGUCGAUAUCGCUAAAGACUCACACACACAAUUCAUUGAAAGCGAACAUCUUCCAACGACAACAAGCUAUGAAUGAAAAGAGUACCAUUUAAAUGCAAUUCUUCUUUUGUGUUUGUGUGUGUGUGUGUGCGCUCGAUUGAACAGCGUGCGUGUACGUGUUGUACGUGUGUGCGUGUGAAGUGUGUGUGUGUGUUGUGUAUUUGUUUAAUUUUUUUUUACUGGUUCUGCUUGAACUUAGUUGUAGAGAAGGGAAAGGAGUAGUACGGUGGAUUGCGGAAACACGAAUUAGAUAAUGAAACACGAGAUAUGACGAUGAUGAUACAUGGGAUAUAUGAAUAUGAAUGGAUAAGAAGAAAAAUCUAAUUCGUAUAUAAAUAUACAUAUACAUAAAAAUAUAAAAAAUACUAUACAUAUUUGCAUAUAUAUAUAUAUAUUUUACUAACAAAACGUGGAAAGAAAAUAUAAACAAAAAAACACACAAACAAAAACCAUGCUUACAUUACAUCGGAACGAGAAAAAUCACUAAACAGUAAAAAGAGAGAACUAGAAUGAAGAAGCAAGCAGCAGCGGCGUGUGAGAAACCAAUAAGCGAAAAGCUAACUACUGAACUUUAUUCCUUAAGAAAAGAAAAAGCAAAACUUGACCACAAAAUGCCGGAUGUGUGUAAAAAAAGAUGGUCACGUAGAGCGAAAGAGCAAGUGAAAAGUGGGCGACGCGACGAAAAAAAGGGAUCAUUAAAAAAGGCGAAAAAUGCAACAAAAAAAAAACAAAUAGAAUAUGAAAAGGUGAAAAGGCUUGACGUUCUGCUAAACACACUCAGACACAAAACCACACGUUUAUUCGAUUGUAAUAUAGACUAAUAGACUCUUGUAUGGUGUAAAAGAAACACACACACACACAUAGCAAACAAUUGAGAAUGCGCGCAACCUAGGGACGGGAGAGGACUGUGAGUGUUACGGAUAUGCAUCAGCAGAGUCGGUAGGCACAGCAUUAUCGUAGUAGUAGUCACGGUAAGUGUUAUGACACACUUUACGUUCAUAGCGCUAGUAUUUUGCAAUACAUCAUCCAGAAGAAAACGACCGAAUUCAGCAAUAGAGAAGAACCCCCCCCCCCCCCCCAAUAAAGCAUGCUGUUGUACACCUGCGACAAGUAGUAGUAACCACAGGCGGUUGUCAGUAACAACAACGUAGACGCGCACGCCUGUUGUCUCACACUACGAAGAUUAGGCGAAGAGCUUUUUGGGACAGCAGUAACGAAGGCAACAAGGGAAGGAAAACUGUUCACUACGUUUAUUCCUUUUUCCCACGACACAGGCGUAUUGUGUAUGGGAUAAUUGUAAGCCCGCUUAUCCAUCAUCACUUCAAUGUUUGUUCUAUUUUUGUGUACUUUUUAUCCUAAUCGAUUGUAGUAUAGAUAUACAUAGUGUUUCACUACUAUUUUUCGUGGCGUAUAGUGUAAAACUAGCUACAGAACAGGCUAUUACUACUACUACUACUACAAUCCGCAAGGUGAAGCAGAGCACAGCAUUCAAGUUAAAGUCCACAACCACUAUCAAUACUUCUGACAGGAGGAUUCCUGCCUGCGUGACGGAAGGCGGCCUGUGGGCCACAACACAAACAGAAGGGAACAACAAAAUGGCAGUGGCAAUUGCAAGGACAUUGCUCAUUGUUUUACCUACACUUGGUCGUCACUAAAGCAAUUCGUUUUUUAGUCGAAUAUUUUCAAUACACAGAUGCGGAAAAUGGUAAUUGAUUUUUUAAACAAUAAAAUCAUGUUUGCAUGAUCGUCCUCACCGAGUGGAAGCACAAUUCGGAGUUGGGGAGUUGGGAUCACAAAUUCCUUAGAAGCGCACAGAUAAAGUCUUUCAGAUAGUGCGGCAUUGUCAUAUUGGAUUGGAUUAUCAAGGGAUAUGAUGUCCCUUCGUUUGGUGUAGUGUGGGGUUUGUUGCGUUUGGGCGUGUGUUUUUUUGAAGACAGGUUCCUUUGGAUAAAUCGAGCUCAGAGUGUGGACGGUUAACUACGUUUGCCACUUGUUCGUGCGUUCGCGAUUAUUUCGUUUAGUUUCGUAUGCCUGUGUAGUGUCUCUCAACAAUUUUAUUAAGUUCUUUCCAUGGUAGCGUUUAGUUGAAUAUGCGUUUGAUUUAUGUAUUACACACUUCUUUCGUACUUUUUUUCACUAAGGCAAUACUAUGGCAGUAUGAGUGUGCGUGUGUGAGUGUGUGUCUGUACGGUGGAAACAAGGGAUAGAUUUUAGCUUUUAAGCCACACUAGACAAAUUGAUAUAUGUUGUGUUAUUAUAGUAGAAAACCCUGUAAGAAAAUUUUUACCUGAUUCUAUAUAAUCGUUUUUGUUUUAUUUUUUUUCACUCUUCCGUUUCGCUACCUACUUCUACACGACCGGUGCACAUUUUAGCCGAUCGAGUUACAGUGUUUUGUUCUUUGUUUUCUUCCGCUAUGCGCAUGUUUUCACAAUUGUUACAACCCUUCUUUUUUUUUUUUGUUCCGAUAUUUCUGUAUCGAAACAAUUUACACGCGGAAAGAAAUUCGAAUUUAACAAUUAGCACUCGUCCUGCUUGCUUCGCUCUCCCAGUAGUCGACUAUUCCUACCGCUUUACUACCGUACUAAACCGAUUGGUGGUCACUGUCCCCUCAUUCUUGCUCCAGCUCUUCUCUCUCUCACAUGCGUCUAUCCUUCCUAUUUCUGAGCCGCUAUACAUAUAGACUUUAUGCAUAUAAUCAUCAUUAAUGUGUAUAAAAUGUAGGCUUAAGGUUUGGACGACUAACAGGCAAACUUACUGCUGCAGUGUAGCAAUGCAUCACCUUUUUAACAGUACCACCACAAACGGAUUAUAGGGCGCACUAACGGUAGAUGUAGAACCAGGCAGAAGCAAGUGAAGCGCGCCACCUAAGAACUUGUAAUUUUGGAGCGAAGUUGAAAAUUUGCUUUCGAUCUUGUUGUGCUUUUGGGGUGGAAAAUAAACGGUGAUAAACAGUGUAGAUCCAACAGCAGCAACACAUCCAGGAACCUCUAGUAUGUGUGCGGCGCCUUUUCAUACUUCAUCUCCACAGUGCUCGAAAGCUCAAAAGUAACCAAAAGGGAAAACCUAUUACUAUCAUCCCAAUACACGCAAAGAGAUGAAUAGAUCAGUGAAGUGUGUGUUUUACUUCUGUUCGGUUCGGUUUCCGUUUUUUAUCAGUAAAGUAACGAAGGUCCUUGUAACAUGGAUGAUGAAGCUUUUUUUUUUGUUCAAUAUUUCCUACUAAUGCAAUCAAUAUGCCGAUUACCGUUGUGUCUGUAGAGUUUGCGUGUUUGCUUACCGUUUUUUGGACCGUUUCUCUGAGAUUAAAGGCUUUCUUAUAAAACAGAAUGAUGUAGGCAUUGCAGACAAACAAAGAAAAGGAAAGGAAAAAGAGUGUGUAAAAUGAGACGCGUAAACCGUAAGCAAAACGCAAGAUAAAAGUGUAGCAGGCGAAAAAAGAAAGAAGGAAAAAUUCAAGCUUUGCUACUGAUUACUAACGAUGCUAGCAAAAAUUGUAUUGGAGCGCCAACAGUUGCCGAAAAAAAAAGUUAACGAUCGUGGCAAAAAAUGAGCGAAGAAAACGAAAACCAACCACUAGCGCGCAGACUUAACAGUGAAGUUGAACAAAUGAAGAUCAGUGAAACAGGGAUUCAGAAAGAAAGUGAGAGCGAAAGAGAAAGAGUUGGCGAUGGCAUGGUAUCCAUAGCAUCUUAUGAGAGAACAAUAGAAUGAGUUAAGAACAGACGCACGUUGCUACAUAUACAUAGGAUCGCGGAAGCGCGUGUCGUCCGUGCGCGAGUGCGUGCUUGCGUGUGUGCGGUGUUGGUGAUAGGGAACGCGAAGUAACAAACUUCAACAACCGUGACAUUGUGUUGUGCACAACACAACAAAACACACCACCGGUGUAUGGAUACAACAAGCUGCGCGAAGGGUAAACAAUAAACUGUGAAAAAA